UGACGUGUCAGUGACGUCAGAGGUCGCUGAGCUUGUGACUUCGGGUCUACCUGUUUCUGCACUGCCAGGAUGUGUGACCGAGGAGCUGACAGUCUGCAGGGGGAGACCCGGCGUAGGCUGGCACGGUACAGCGCCCUCAGAGGUAGAGACGUGCAGGCUGGGGAAUUCUGGGACGUGGUUGUCAUUACAGCGGCCGACAAAAUCCAGGAGCUGGCUUAUCAGCGGCAGAUAGCUGAUAAAGUGGCCAGGAAAGAACUUCCUCUCCGAGUUCGUUAUCACGUUUUCUCUGAUCCCCCGGGACCAAAAAUAGGGAACGGCGGCUCGACCCUGUGCGCCCUGCGCUGCCUGCAGCAGCUGUAUCCCGCUGACUUGGACUCCUAUACGGUGAUCCUGAUCCAUGCAGGAGGCUACAGUCAACGAUUACCAAAUGCAAGCGCUGUGGGCAAAAUCUUUACAGCCUUACCGUUCGGUGACCCCGUUUACCAAAUGCUAGAUGUGAAACUGGCCAUUUACAUAGAUUUCCCCUCCAAUAUGAAUCCUGGUGUAUUGGUCACCUGCGCAGACGACAUAGAACUCUACAGCAGUGGGGGGGCAGCCGUCACGUUCGAUAGACCGGGGAUCACAGCUCUCGCUCACCCGUCACCGCUGGAAAUAGGGACGACACACGGGGUGUUUGUGCUGGAAAAGUCCAAGUCUGAAUAUAAAGAUUUACAAUAUCAAACGUGCAGAUCUUACCUACACAAGCCCAGCAUUGACAGAAUGCGCGAAGCAGGGGCCGUCGCCCAGAACCCAAAGAGACCUGGCCUUUCGAUGACCCAACCAGUAGUCUCCACGUCAGAAGUGGUUUACACCGACAGUCUGUAUUACAUGGAUCAUGGCACCGUGAAGGUGUUACUGGGGUUCUUUGAAGAAUUAGGGGUCAUUAACUGUGAAAUAGAUGCCUACGGGGAUUUUUUGCAAGCCCUGGGGCCCGACUCCACUUUGGACUACACAGAAAACACGGCCAACGUCUCAAAAAUCGAAUCCGAGCUCGCGGAAGUGAGACGGAAAAUCUAUUUUCUCCUUAGAGGAACGGAAUUCACUGUCAUCGUCUUAAAUAACUCCAAAUUUUAUCACAUCGGGACUUUGCAGGAAUACUUAUAUCAUUACACGUCUGAUACUUCCCUCCAGGCAGAACUUGGAUUACAGUCAAAAGUUUCUAGCAUCGUGCCGGAUCAAGAUGAAAAUCUUAGUCCAAAGGCCUGCGUCAUUCAAAGCCUAUUAGAUGCAAAAUGCAAAGUUUCACCUCACACAGUCAUUGAAUAUUCCAAGCUGGGCCCUGAUGUGUCCGUGGGGGAAUACUGUGUUAUCAGCUGCUCAUGCAUAAGUAUUAGAUGUGUCAUCCCAGACAAAUCUUUCGUGAGUUCAUUAAGUCUGAUGAUUGAUGGCCAAGUAAUGUAUGCAACCAUCUUGUUUGGCAUUGAGGAUAACUUGAAGAAGAACGUUGGUUCCUUGUCUGAUCUGAACUCGCUUCAGAUAUUUGGAAGAAACCUUGUUCAGCCUCUGGAGCUCUGGGGCAUCCAAGUUUCCGAAGAGCUUUUCUCUGGCGACCAAAAGUCUUUGAGUUUAUGGAACGCCCGUAUUUUCCCCUGCUAUGCAACGAUGGAGGAAUCUGUCUUGGCCGCCGUGGAGAUGCUGAAGGCGAUGAACAGCAAGUCAGCAGCAGAUCUUGGAGAUGCCAGGAGGGUUUCCAUCGAGGAGAUAUUGUUGUAUAAAAACAUUAAUGAAAUGUUGAGCUUCAGACAAGCCCUUUAUGAAGAAAUCCAGACUCAGCAGCAAAUAGGAGCAUCUUAAUGAUGAGGAGCCAUAUCUGUGACUUCUAAAGGUUUUGUGUAGGCUCUUGGUGACUGUGCUGUCUGGGUUGUUUAUAACUGCACCGAAAAUGGCAUCAAAGACACAACCGCGUGGGGGCAUUCACUUAAAGGGGUUGUCCGGGAUUGAGGACUUUGUUCCAUUAGUACAAGACAGACAUACACAUAACAUACAUCCAUGUCCUACCUUUUCCACAUGUUUCUGAAGCCCCGUUUUCUUAUAGGAAAUUCUUCGCCAGAAGUGAAGUUUUCUUAGACUCGGUGACGUACCGUGUCCCUUGCAGGAGCGUUGAAGCCUCUUCUUCCGGCUGCUCAGGGAGCCCGGUGACGUCACCAGCACUGAUGGGCGGGCUUUAGCGCUGCUCUAGCCAGUAAAUGGCUAGGGCAGCGCUUGAGCCCGCCCAUCAGAGCCGGGGACGUCACCGAACCCACUGCCGGGCGGAAGCUUUCUCCCGGCAGUGUGUUAAUGUAAACAAAUGAGCCUUUUUCCCUGCGCGAUUUAGCGCAGCGCAAAGGAAAGCAUCGGAGCAAGAACUGCUCCGAUGCUCAAGUCAGGGGGGCUGCCUGGGUGAAAAUAGAGGUUUGCCCGGGUUCAGCUCUGAACCCGGAUAACCCCUUUAAAAGGGUUUUCCAAUAAGCAACGCUUAAACGGGUUUUACGAGACUUUAAUACUGAUGACCUAUCCAGAGGAGUAUCUGAUCAGUGGCGGUCCGACACUCGGGACCCCUGCCGGUCAGCUGUAUCCUAGAUC